AGAGUCGCGGUCAGACAGUCGAACCAGAAGGUAAUAAUUAUUACAAAGACACAACACGAUGGGGCAGAAGACUCUCCAGGGGCUGGUGGCGGCGGCGGCACUGGCAGCCUCGGUGGCGAACGCGCAGCAACCGGGCACCUUCACGCCCGAGGUGCAUCCGACGCUGCCGACGUGGAAGUGCACGACGAGCGGCGGGUGCGUCCAGCAGGACACGUCGGUGGUGCUCGACUGGAACUACCGCUGGUUCCACACCGAGGACGGUAGCAAGUCGUGCAUCACCUCUAGCGGCGUCGACCGGACCCUGUGCCCGGACGAGGCGACGUGCGCCAAGAACUGCUUCGUCGAGGGCGUCAACUACACGAGCAGCGGGGUCGAGACGUCCGGCAGCUCCCUCACCCUCCGCCAGUUCUUCAAGGGCUCCGACGGCGCCAUCAACAGCGUCUCCCCGCGCGUCUACCUGCUCGGGGGAGACGGCAACUAUGUCGUGCUCAAGCUCCUCGGCCAGGAGCUGAGCUUCGACGUGGACGUAUCGUCGCUCCCGUGCGGCGAGAACGCGGCCCUGUACCUGUCCGAGAUGGACGCGACGGGAGGACGGAACGAGUACAACACGGGCGGGGCCGAGUACGGGUCGGGCUACUGUGACGCCCAGUGCCCCGUGCAGAACUGGAACAACGGGACGCUCAACACGGGCCGGGUGGGCUCGUGCUGCAACGAGAUGGACAUCCUCGAGGCCAACUCCAAGGCCGAGGCCUUCACGCCGCACCCCUGCAUCGGCAACUCGUGCGACAAGAGCGGGUGCGGCUUCAACGCGUACGCGCGCGGUUACCACAACUACUGGGCCCCCGGCGGCACGCUCGACACGUCCCGGCCUUUCACCAUGAUCACCCGCUUCGUCACCGACGACGGCACCACCUCGGGCAAGCUCGCCCGCAUCGAGCGCGUCUACGUCCAGGACGGCAAGAAGGUGCCCAGCGCGGCGCCCGGGGGGGACGUCAUCACGGCCGACGGGUGCACCUCCGCGCAGCCCUACGGCGGCCUUUCCGGCAUGGGCGACGCCCUCGGCCGCGGCAUGGUCCUGGCCCUGAGCAUCUGGAACGACGCGUCCGGGUACAUGAACUGGCUCGACGCCGGCAGCAACGGCCCCUGCAGCGACACCGAGGGUAACCCGUCCAACAUCCUGGCCAACCACCCGGACGCCCACGUCGUGCUCUCCAACAUCCGCUGGGGCGACAUCGGCUCCACCGUCGACACCGGCGAUGGCGACAACAACGGCGGCGGCCCCAACCCGUCAUCCACCACCACCGCUACCGCUACCACCACCUCCUCCGGCCCGGCCGAGCCUACCCAGACCCACUACGGCCAGUGUGGAGGGAAAGGAUGGACGGGCCCUACCCGCUGCGAGACGCCCUACACCUGCAAGUACCAGAACGACUGGUACUCGCAGUGCCUGUAGAGGCCGGAUCCUCUCUGACUGGGUCCCGACCGGGGACGUGUCUUGAGGAAGAAGGGAGAGGGCAUCGAGGUUCAUUGUACAUAGUAGAUAGGUAUCUUUCCGAAUAGUAUGUACAUACAUACAUGGGUACAUAAGGUAUAUACGUAGCAUAUGAACG